AUGGAGGGAAACAAGGAUAAAGAUAACACCGACAAUGCUCCCCUUAGACCCGUCUCCUCACUCCUCUCGCAUUUCGAAAACCUCUCCCAUACUAGGUCCUCUUCCGCAGUUACUCCCAACACCCGCGACUCGUCUCUCCUAAAGAGCCCCGAACCGCGCGAUGACGAUCUCCGCUCCCAUUUCUCUCGUGCCUCCGUGGACUUGGCCCGUCCGCGCUCGCCUUGGACACCGCAGCCGCAGCAACAGGCGGAUGCGCAGCAGAUACCUGAUCAAUUGUAUAGGCACAGGACAGGGGGUUUUGCUAAUGGGGAGGCAUCGCGUGCCAAUGGCUCUUCCGGGAGACGACAUGGCCGUCCUAUGUCGUUGAGUUUCCAGUCCUCGCCGCAGUUGGCUCCGACGUUGACGGUAGACUCGCCACGGUCUCCGCCGCGGGGACUCGUUGAAUCGCCAGACGAACUGGCCGAGGAUGGGAAUCGGGUUUCGCGCAAUCCGCAGGGCUUGGGCCUGGAUACGGGGGCUUCCCAGGAGUCACUACCCCCGCGGCUGUCUCGCAGCUCUGUCGCCGGAACACCCACUUCGAAUAUUCCAGGCAAUCUAUCUCCCGGGGAGUUGCAUUCGGCGAAAUUUGCGAUGCGGGAUAGUCCGUCGGAUCGCAAGGCCAAGAGCGCCUCCUUGCCGCCGCCCGCCAACCGCGCUGACAAGCCUAAGAUCCCGGUGAAACCUUCCAACCUUGCGUUCCAGGAGUCGAAUACGCUGGCUGCUCCUAGGACGAAACGGGCUUCCUCUGAUCUUCGUGUGUCGCCGUUUAGCACGCCUCCGAGUAGUCCGGAGAAAUCGCCGCCCAAGGCUAUUCCGCCUCGUCCUGUUCGAUCGGAGACGGAAUCUCCUGCUCAGCGAUUGUUUGAAGAAAGGGCAGGUGUACAUUCGCCACUGGCGCAGGAUGCGCGAGAGCCUGGGUUUAAUCGGAGACCGCCCCCGCCCCAGCGGGAACCUUCGCGAGACACGAAACCGUUGACGGUGCAGAUUCCAACUGGCCAGCAGAGACAGGCAGAACCGAUGUCGAGCGUACCGCAGUCCGCGCAGAGAUUGCAGGCGACAAGUGAUAUGCCAGGGGAUCGUCCGGGGCUGCCCCCUCGUGCGUCGGUACAGAGUCGCAGGGUGUCUCCUUCGAGGCAGAUGCCCGCAGAUUUACCGGUGACGUCUCCUCAUCAGCCCCCACCACAACCUCGACGUCCAUCUCCUGGGCGUCAGACUAUGCAGAAUCGGUCACCGUCGAGACAAAUGUCGAAUGCAGAGUACCCGUCUCCUGCACAGCAACAACCCCCACAACCGCUUCUUCCUCGACGCGCAAACCCGUCUCCAUCGCGACAAACGGCUAAUGCCGAUUUCCCUGUAUCGUCUCCUCGACCGCUCGAACCUAUUCCCCAGCAACAACCCCUUACUCCCCAGCAGCCUGCACGCCCAUCUGAACUUCAUCGCCAACCCUCUUAUUCCCGCGAAAACAAACCAUCCUACGAUCGUGGACAACCACCUCCGCCGCCCCAGAACCCACCGCAACCUCGUCCCCGCCCUGAUACGGAAGACGAGGAGGAACAGUAUCCUAGUCAGCCGACUAUCACUCUAACAGACUACCCCGAUGCCUCUAAUGCGAAUCGGAGACCGCCUGCUAUUAAGAUUGGGCCGAACGAGAUUUCUACGAGAUAUGACACGCGCCUCAUGGACGUGUGUGGGAAAUACGUCUGUACGACCGGUUAUCUGACACGAGUCUGGGAUUUGACAAAUGGCGAACAAAUCAUGAGCUUGAGCCAUGGUGAAACCGUCAAGACGCUGUCUAUGGCGUUCAAGCCCGGCGCAGGCCUCGAAGACGAAGGGAGACGGGUAUGGCUGGGUACUAACAGCGGAGAACUACAUGAAGUCGAUAUCGCAACUCGUGCUGUGGUCGCAUCGAGAUCAUACCCAUCGCGUCGUGAGGUGAUCAAGAUUCUGCGACACAAUAAGGAAAUGUGGACGAUGGACGAUGAGGGGAGGUUGCUUAUCUGGCCCGCUGAUGAAUCUGGUGUCCCAAAUCUUCAAUACAGCUACCAUAACCCUUAUGACCGCGUUGCGCGUGGACAAACGUUUUCGAUGGUUGUGGGUGAUGAACUUUGGCUGGCUACUGGUAAAGACAUCCACGUGUACCAACCGUAUGCGCGCGACGAUGCUUCUUUCAAGGUUCUUCGGAAACCACUCGUAUCGCAGAAUGCAGGCGAGGUUACUUCAGGUGCUUACACGACCAAGAACGGCGGACGGGUAUAUCUCGGACAUGCAGAUGGAAAGAUCAGCGUGUACUCUGCCAAAGACUACUCAUGCUUGGCCGUUGUCAACGUGAGUGUUUACAAGAUCAACUGUCUAAGCGUCGUCGGGGAUUAUCUCUGGGCAGGCUACAAGACCGGUAUGAUCUAUGUGUACGACGUCAACUCGAACCCGUGGGCAGUGAAGAAAGACUGGAAGGCACAUGAUAGUCCAGUCUCCAACUUCAUUCUUGAUACGAGUAGCGUGUGGACGAUGAACCGGCUGCAAGUUACGUCACUGGGCACGGAUAAUUGUAUUCGGCUUUGGGAUGGAACGUUGGAGAGUGAUUGGUUGGAAUCUCGAAUGCAAAGCAGGGAUGUCGAAUUCUGCAAGUUCCGUGAGAUACGUGCCGUGGUUAUGACGUGGAAUGCUGGUGCUUCGACACCGGGUAGCGUGCGCAUGUCCACGUUCAUUCAGGAUGCGAUUCAUCCCGAGGAUCCGCCGGGGAUCCUGGUGUUUGGAUUCCAGGAACUUGUUGAUCUUGAAGAUAAGAAGAUCACUGCCAAGAGCCUUCUCAAAAGCAGCAAAAAGAAAGAAAAGAAGGAAGCUGGCGAGAAAGAGCAUAUGAGUCGUCAAUACCGGGUGUGGGCUGAGCAUUUGACACGGUGCGUUAAUGACUGCAUGCCGCUUGACGAGUCGUAUGUCCUGCUGCACACGGCGAACAUGGUCGGUCUUUUCACCUGCGUCUUCGUCCGACACAAAGAACGUGAGCGAAUCAAGAAUGUCCGCGCCGCAGAGGUAAAGCGUGGUAUGGGUGGCUUGCACGGCAACAAAGGCGCCCUGAUCCUCCGCUUCAUCCUCGACGACAGCUCCCUCUGCUUCGUGAACUGCCACUUAGCAGCCGGCCAAACGCAAACAGCCCAGCGCAACAACGAUGUGGCCGCCAUCUUAGAGGCAGAAUGCCUCGCCAGCGAAACCAGCCUCACAGCCCGCGCAGACCACUUCGUCAGCGGCGGCGACGGCUCCAUGAUCAUGGACCACGAAGUCUGCAUCCUGAACGGCGACCUCAACUACCGCAUCGACUCUAUCCCCCGCAACGUGAUUAUCGACGCCGUCCGCCAAAAUAACCUCCCCAAACUCCUCGACCGUGACCAACUCCUCGCCUCGCGCCGCAAGAACCCUGGUUUCCGACUGCGUUCUUUCAACGAGGCACCGAUUACUUUUGCCCCGACGUACAAGUAUGACGUUGGUACUGAUGAUUACGAUUCUAGUGAGAAGAAGCGGUCUCCUGCGUGGUGUGAUCGCGUGCUUUAUCGGGGGUUGGGGAGGAUAAAGCAGUUGGAUUAUCGAAGGCAUGAAGUCCGCGCUUCGGAUCACCGGCCUGUUAGUGCGUUUUUCAAACUACGCAUAAAGACUGUGUUACCGAGUGAGCGCGCUGCCACGUGGGAGUCUUGCCAGGCGGAAUUCCAGAAGGAAAGGAAGAGGUUGAUGUCGGAGGCUAGGUAUGCCCUUCCCUUCCCCCUCCCCUCAACCCUCUAUUACCUAAGUCUAUCGACAUUUUCUAAUAUAUGGUACAGUAUUGAAUACCUCAUUAGCGUUCUCGGCACGGAACCCAAACAAGCGCGCGCAUUGAUUCUCGGUGGCGCAUGA